AUGAAUCCUGAAGAUACAAGUAAUAAUAAAUCUACGACAAAUGAUCAGCCGUCAUCGUCUUUAUUACAUAUAAACGAUAUGAACGUUGAAAGUUUUAAUCUUAAAACUGAGAAGCAACCAUCAUCAACAUCAACCAUUACUAAUGAAAUGAAUGAAUAUGUGUCUGAAUCACGCAUUUCGUCACAAUUAAGUAGUUCAUCUUUAACGGCAGGGUUAGACGAAAUGGGAAUAUUUUCAUCACAGGAUAGUGACAUUUUAUUGAUGGAUGAUUUUGAAACGGGUUAUUUUGAAACGGGUUUGCUUAAAAGAAAAGUUAAUGAUAUCACUGAAGAAGAAGUUCCAACGGAGUCACAUGAUAAUGACACCAUUGGACAGCAGCCACCAAGAAAGAAAAUUUCCACACAGCCACCUUCAUCUAUAAAAACCACCACCACCAUCACACUUCCAACCGAAAUAAAAUUAUCAUCUUUUUCAUCCCAAAAAAUUAUUAAUAAGAAUGUACGCAAGCCCAAGACUAUCUACAAAAUUGUCGUUCCAAAGAAAAAUUCGAAUACUACUACUACUGGUAAUUCCAAACAUCAUCAUCAAACGAAAUCAAAAAAAGGACAAGCUUCAAAUUUACAAGACGUUCAAUUACCUAACUUAGCGAUAUCGAAAAAUGAGAUAAAAAUUUCAAAUGAAGAAAAUUCUUUACAAUUAAAAUCGAAACGUGGGAGAAAAAAAAAGAACACCACUGGCAAAGACCAGGAAAUGAUUCCACUAGAUUCUAAUGGUAUAUUUUCUAAUCUCAGGAUUUUAUUUAUUCAGAAUAAUAUUGGUACUGUUCGCUUGAAUUUGAUGAAAGAAAAAGUUAAAGCCAAAGGAGGGAUGAUAGUUGAUACUUUCGAUACCAAUGUGACUCAUGUGGUUACUGAAUUACCAGGAAAAAAUGUACAUAAAGUUUUAGGUUUGCCUGAUAAUAAAAGUCUCAAGGGAGUUCAUGUACUCGAACCAAAUUGGGUAUCCACUUCCAUAAUGUAUGAUAAACUUGCGAAAACCGAACGAUAUGAAGUACCAUUAUAUGAAUCCACAUCAAUUGAAUCACAAUCCUCUACUUCGCUUACGGAAAAAACUCACGAUAAUAUAAAUAACGGUGAAAGUGAAAGUUCUUAUAAAUCAUAUCACACCUUAAAACAUUUUAAACCUGAAAAGAAAAAGCAAGAUGUUUCUUUAUCACCAAUAAGAGAACAAUCACCAUCUUCUUCUUCAAGUUUUAAGUCGAGUUUAGAAUUUAGCUCCAGUAGAAAUUUUAGUUCAUCUUCGAAUAGUAAUAAUAAUUAUCUAUUAUCAGAAAUGGAUCAAGAAGAUAAGAAUUUUAAAGAUCCGUUGACAAAAUUAUUUAAAGAUGAAGAAAAGUCUACAGACCUAUUAUCGGAAAUGAUUCAGGAAGCUAGAAAUCUUACAGAAGCCGGUUUUUAUUCGGAUGAAGGAGAAUAUAGUGAUGGAAUGAUUGCUGAAGAAAGUUCUGAUUCCGAGGAAGAUAUGAAAAAAGUUUAUUCCACUUUACUUGAAAACGAUGAAAAUAAAGUUGAGAAAAAAGUUCAUGAAGGUUCAAAUGAAACUGCAUUAUCAAAAGAAUCUCAAGAAAAUCAGAAAUAUGAUUCAUUUUCUUGUAUGCAUAAACAUACCUAUGGAGAAGUUGAAAUUAAUCCGAAUAAAUUAGUAAUUGAAAAACUUCAAAUUUUAUUGGAUCAUUAUCAAAGAAUGAGAGAUGAAUGGCGAACUCUAAGCUAUCGUAAGGCGGUUUCAGCAUUAAAAAAAUAUAACAAACCAGUUGGUUCAUACAAAGAAGCAAUAGAGAUUCCUGGAAUCGGAAACCGUAUUGCGACAAAAAUACAAGAAAUAAUAGAUACUGGAAAUUUAAAACGUGUAGAAAGCAUUUCAAAAUCUGACGAAGUUAUUAAAAAGUUUAGUGCAAUUCAUGGUGUUGGAUCGAAAGCUGCAUUAAAAUGGUAUGCACUUGGUUAUCGAACAUUUGAUGAUAUACUAAAAAAUGUCAAAUUAACACAUUCACAGAAAGUGGGAAUUGAAUGCUUUGAUGAUCUUCAGGAAAGAAUUCCACGUGAUGAAGUAACAGAAAUUUCAAAAGUGGUUGAAGAUGCUGCUCAUAGUACGGAUUCAAAGUUACAAUUAUUUACCACCGGAUCUUAUAGAAGGGGUAAUCCUACUUGUGGUGAUAUUGAUAUUCUAAUUACACGUAAUGAUUCGGAUGGAAAAUCACAUUCAGGUGUUUUACCCAAGAUUGUAGAAAAUUUACAUAACAGAAGCUUUAUUACUCAUGAUCUAACUCACACCCAAGAAGAUGAUGUUUCUGGAAAAUAUAUGGGAAUUUGUAGACUUCCUGGUGGAAAAUAUCAUUUGUUUACUGUGCCUUACGGAGAAUUGGGUGCAGCAUUACUUAGUUUUACAGGAAAUGACAUAUUUAAUCGAAGUAUACGAUUACUAGCUAGAAAGAAGAAAAUGAAACUUAAUCAACAUGGUCUAUAUAAAAAUAUUGCUCGGGGUAGUGGAGGAGUUAGUUUAAAUGAAGGUAAAUUAAUAGCUCAACGUACCGAACAAGAAAUAUUUGAUGCAUUAGGAGUCCCUUGGAGGUAA